ACGAAGCGUGGAAAAAGUGAGGUUGUGGGUUUGGAGGUUCCUCCAAGAAAUCUGUGGAAAGAUGAAUAUAUUGGAGUACGGAUCGUCGUUUUCUUCAUCAUCAACAUGGGAGAUUCAUGGGGCUGGUGGGUGGGCAACCAUGGUUGCCGUACUUGUGAUCAUUUUGUGGCACCUGGGGAGGUUAAUCUUCUCCGCUCGCUUCAGAUCCUCCUCCAAUUCCACACCCACCUCCCUUUCUGCAUCUGCAGUGAAUCCCCAAUUCCGAAUUUCGGAGAUCGUUGGAGAUGCGGAUUUAAAAACCUUGAUUGACAAUUUGGAUGAGAAGCUCAAUCUGAAUGAGAGAUGGGACAAUGUGGUUGAUAAAAGAAACAAUUUCGUUUCCUACAAUGCAAAGUGCUGCAAACCAAAGGAUGGUCCACUAAAAUACGUGAGUGUGACAGUGUUUGAGAAUUGCUCCACCGAGAUGCUGAGAGACCUUUACAUGGACAACGAUUAUAGGAAGCAGUGGGACAAGAUGGUGCUUGAGCAUGAGCAGUUGCAGGUGGAUGAAUCUAAUGGAACUGAAAUUGGUCGAACAAUAAAGAAGCUUCCUCUCUUGACUCCUAGAGAAUAUGUAUUAGCUUGGAGACUCUGGGAGGGAAAAGAUAAAACCUUCUACUGUUUUAUCAAGGAAUGUGAACAUCCUUUGGCAUCGCGACAGAAGAGAUAUGUACGUGUUAGUUUCUUUAGAUCUGGUUGGCGAAUCAGGAAAGUACCUGGAAGAAAUGCAUGCGAGAUCAAAAUGGUGCACCAAGAAGAUGCCGGUUUGAAUGUGGAGAUGGCAAAGCUGGCUUUUGCAAAGGGCAUCUGGAGCUAUGUGUGUAAGAUGGAUAAUGCACUGCGCAAAUAUUCUGCUAUCCACAAUUCUCAACAAGGUUCAGCUGUGAGUGCGAUUACUCUCAUUCAGAAGGUCCCGCCUGGGUUAGAAACUAUAAACAGCAGGGAGUCCUUAUCUCACCUCGAAACCUCUGCUGCAAGUGGCCAAGGCAAUAAGAGGAAAUUCUCAAGAAGGCCAUCAAAGAAAUUGGUAGCCAAUGGCUUGCUCCUUCUUGGGGUGUUUUGCCUGUCUCGUGGUCACCCCCCUCUGGGUGCUAAUGUUGCCAUGGCUUACAUUUUAAAAAAGCUGACAAAGCGGGGUGCUACACCAAGCCAAAGCGGGCAAAGUUGAGACAAGCCUAUUUGUUGCUCCACAGCAACUCAUCGCAGACGAUCUAGUUAAGCUCACAAUAUACCAUAACUCAUACCAUAUAUGCAUUAACCUGCAUACGCUGUGUCUUAAGUUCCCUUCCCGCAUUUUGUUUGCCAGAAUAUAUUCAAAGUUACGCAUACCCAGACUCGAUUAGAAGGUUUUGUGAGAGUGCAAAUGUGUGUCUGUACAGAGAAGUAGAAGGAUGGAUUGUGGGUUAAAAUCCGUAGUCAAUUGUAAUAAAUUGUGUUUUGUGGCUUGAAGUCUGAAACCUGGACUAAUCAUCAGUUUACAUAUUUA